CCCCUUCUCAUAAUGCAGCAUGGGCGAAAGAAUGUAACAAAAUGACGGAACUGUAGCUGAGCAGAGCGAUAUCGCCUACCAGUAAAUUGUUUCGUAUGUUUGAACGAAAGUGAUGCACCAACUAUGCCGAUAGUGGACAAACUCAAGGAGGCCCUGAAACCUGGACGAAAGGACUCCAGCGAUGAAGGCGACCUCAACAAACUGCUGGCCUCUUCUGCCAAGAAGGUUCUUCUGCAGAAGAUUGAGUUUGAGCCUGCCAGCAAGGGCUUCUCUUACCAGCUGGACAGCCUGAAGACCAAGUAUGUGAUCCUCAACCCCAGAAUUGAGGGCGCCUCAGGACACAGGGCCCUAGAACCUGCCCAGAUCAAGCGGCAAGUGUCUGAGAAUGUGAUUGGAGGCCAGGGUGACGGGAUCCCAGCCCCUCAGAAGAUGCUGUUUCCUGGGAACAGGCUGUCUAUGAGAUGGGAGCGUGUUUACAGAGUGGGAGCCGGCCUCCACAACCUGGGCAACACCUGCUUCCUCAACUCUACGGUGCAGUGUCUCACCUAUACGCCUCCCCUGGCCAACUACCUUCUCUCUAAGGAGCACAGCCGUGCCUGCCACCAGUCAGGUUUCUGUAUGAUGUGUGUAAUGCAGAACCACAUCAUCCAAGCCUUUGCCAACACGGGCAACGCCAUCAAGCCUGUCUCCUUCAUCAGAGACCUGAAGAAAAUCGCCAGACAUUUUCGCUUCGGGAGCCAGGAGGACGCCCAUGAAUUCUUGCGCUACACCAUCGAUGCCAUGCAGAAAGCCUGUCUGAAUGGCUACCCCAAGUUAGACAGGCAGACACAGGCCACCACCUUGGUCCACCAGAUCUUCGGAGGUUAUCUCAGGUCGCGAGUCAAGUGUUCCAUUUGCAAAAGUGUGUCAGACACUUACGACCCUUACCUGGAUAUUGCUGUUGAGAUUCGGCAAGCAGCAAACAUCGUGCGAGCUCUCGAACUGUUUGUCAAGCCUGAUGUUCUUAGUGGAGAGAAUGCUUACAUGUGUGCCAAGUGUAAGAAGAAGGUGCCGGCAACCAAACGCUUCACGGUCCAUCGGACGUCCAACGUGCUGACCGUCUCUCUCAAGAGGUUCGCUAACUUCAGUGGAGGGAAGAUUACCAAGGACGUGGGCUACCCCGAGUUCCUGAACAUCCGGCCCUACAUGUCUCAGAGCUCCGGGGACCCAGUCAUGUACGGCCUCUACGCCGUCCUGGUGCAUUCUGGGUACAGCUGCCACGCCGGCCACUACUACUGUUAUGUCAAGGCUAGUAAUGGGCAAUGGUACCAGAUGAAUGACUCCAUGGUCCAUUCUAGCAACAUCAAAGUAGUACUUAACCAGCAGGCUUAUGUCCUCUUUUACCUAAGGCUUGGGGACACCAAGAAGAACGUGGAUGGGCAAAUCACAAAGCAGGGAAUGAUGCAUUCGGGGAAGAACAGCAUGUCAUCUGAGCCACUGAGAAAGACCAACCUGAAUGGGCCCCUCUCCUCCCCACAGGUCACCAAGAAGCUGGAACCGGCCCAGCUGCGCAAAAUCCAGUCCAUGGACGGGGGUUUGGGUGUUCCUAUAUCGAGAAAUGGUGUCAGCAUUCAGCAGCCCAAGCUGUCCAAUGGUAUAUCUUCUGCUUACGGCCCCCCCAAAGUACCGGGGGGUCCCACCAUGAUCGAGGAGCCCUUCAAAAAGCUGAAGAAGCCCUUCCCCCAGAGCCAGGCCCCGAGCCAGGCGCAGUCCCGCUGCAGCACCCCUGCCAUCUCCAACGGCGUGGCGAGGUCUGACGGAGGGAGGCACAGUGGGAACGAGGGCAGGGGCAUGGCAGCAUCUACCUCACUCAAGUCCCUGUCAGACUCGUCCUCAGCGGAAGCCUCUGACUCCAAGGAUUCUAUUGGUCCUAAAAGUGCUCCGGUCGGAGAGACCUCCACCGCUCCCAGGACCGGUUCCAACGGCAUGGCCUCCCCAGCCAAGAGUGCCGACCGGCUGGGCACAGAGGAGCAGAAGACUGUCAAGCUAAAACCCCCGGCCCUUAACAACAUCUCAUCAGAAGCCACCAGCACCAUGUCCCCCCCACCCGCCAAGAAACUGGCUCUGUCAGCCAAGAAGGCCAGUCGCAGCCGGACUCAGAGCAGCACUGAUGCUCCGCCACGCCAGCCACCAAGUGACCCCACGCACCCAGCUCAACUUCACACUCUCACCUCCGCUUCACCCACCCAAACCCCCAGGGCUGGCCCAUUCCAUUCAUCCAAACUGCAGUCUCCACCCACAGCCCCCACCCACUCAGGCCUCCCACUCAAACACCAGAGUCCAGAGAAACAGUCCCCCGUCUCCGCCAUGCAAAAACCAAACUCCAACUCCUCUCCCAAAACCAACGGGCUUCACUGCCCGUCUCCAAAGCCCCCCAGAGCCAGCCUCCCGGAGCCAGGCCUGAGAAGCCCCCCAGGGCACGCCGACGACACCACCUCCCCUCCGCCAAAAAAGAAGAAGAGGAAGAAACGCCGGCGUUCCGAGAUGGAGGAAGAGCCAGCCAGCGCCCCUGAACCCCUGCAGGUCGAGCCUGCCAGCGAGAAGAAGAGGAAGAAAAGGAAGAAAAAGAGACGGAGGGAGGAGGAGGAGAGUGGAGACGGAUCCUCCAUCAAGAGGGAGUGCGUGCAGUCCCAUCUGGAACCCCUUACCCAGGAAGAGGACUGGUGCCAGGGCGGGGCCUGGAGCCUCAAACCUCCAGGCCCGGAGCAGGCCCAGCCGCAAGCCCAGCCGCAGGCCCAGCCGCAGGCCCAGCCGCAGGCCCAGCCGCAGGCCCAGGCCCAGCCUGUGGACGCUCCGGCCCCAGCGUCCCCUGCGAAGGCCCCGCUGGUCCCUCUGCAGCCUCAGGGAGCACAGGGGUCUGAUGCCACGUCGGGUUUGAAGAGGAGGAAGAAGAAGAAAAGGAAAAAGAAUCGACCGGAGGACACCGCAUCAGCAUGUUUAGUUCCAGGAAGCAUUGCAGGGAGAAAGCACGCAGUCGCGGAGCACGACGCCGGAGAGUCUGUGGAGCCGAAGAGAAAGCAGAGGAGGAAGAAGCGGAGGCUAAAAGAGGAGCCCAGCCUGUGGGAGGAGAGCAGGCGCCCAGCGGACCACCCCAGCACGGAGCCCCAGGCUGCAGAGACCUCUCCUGCAGAGAAGACCGUGGAGACUGCCAAGAGCAGCAGAGCCGGGACAGCUUCAGUGGUGGUGUGGGACAGCCAGGUGAAGGAGGGCUACAGGCGAUCCCAGGGCCCUGCGGACGAGCAUGAGGGGAGCAAGGACACGCCCCGCCCUGCCCCCCUGGCCUGGGACGGUAACAAGAGCAGCAGCGUGGUGGAGGAGCUCCUGAAGAACUCUGCAGACAAGGCCUACGGAGCCCAAGUCCUCAGCUGGGAAGGAGAGGCCUCUGCCACUAGUAGGGAUGCCAUAGAGGAUGCCCGCAAUGCCAAAUAUGACACGGUGAUCGAUGAGUGGGACGAGGAUUUUGACAGUGGAAAGGUGAAGAAGAUGAAGAAGUAUAAAAGAGAGAAGUGGAGGAGUGGCAACAGCUUCCAGAUGAUCCAGGACAGGAAGAGCAUGUGGUCCGUCACUCCGGGGGGGAAGAGGAGCUGCUUUGGGUUCCGCCGCUGACGCGUUCCAACCGCAUCGGUCACAUGACGACACCGUCGUGGUCAAAUGGUGUUUUAGCUGAUAAGCCCCCCCCCCCCCCCCCCCCCCCCCAAGCCCCCCUCCCCCUCAAGGGGAGAGGAGAUAUGUUAGUGAGAAGGACUCACUCAUGAACAUGAGAUGCGGCCAUUUCCACCAACAUUAGGGUCACCGACACAUUGGUGAAUAACACUGUAAAUGGCAAUAACGGUACAAAGCCGAAUCCAUAGACUGCCCUCAAUACAACUUCUUACUAUUUAACCCCAAUUUUAAUAAUGAAUAAUACAGGAAACAGUACUGGAAAACCUCUAGGAUUCUAACUUGUACAUCCUGGAAAUGUCCUUUGUAUCAAUUUGAUGUGCCCUGAAAGCAUAUUUGUGUCAGAGAUUAAAUACAAUGAUAUAACCGUCACCUACCUUGCCGAACACUGCACUAAGCUGCUGUUCAGUCGAACUUAAACCCCCCCUAUAAUGAUGCCAGCGUAUGCCCCUGGUUCCUUGUUGAUCAUUCGUAGAGGUUAAUGGGACGCAUGUGCAGACCCUUCAUGGAGACCUGUUGAUAUUCACAUUUGGCCUUUUUGUUUGUAAGGACCUGUUUUACCAUACUGAUAUUAAUCCAAACCACCCUGCUUCUAAAAAUGUAUAUCUCCCAAUCAAGAAAGGGCCCACCAGAACUGUCCAACCAGUUUUAUCUUUUUUUUUUUUUUCUUUUUACAAACCAUUGACAAAUUGUAUUUGAGGUUUGAUUCUAAUGUUUUAGUUUUUAUGCCUUUUUUUGGUUUGUAUUUUAUUUAGCCACCAUGCUUCCUGGUAUUUAUUCAGGAUCCAUUUUGGCGGCAACUGUUUAAACCCAAUUGGACAUAUCACUGCUUCAUUUGCUUGCUUAUCCAUUUGCUUUUGUGUCUGCUGAAACAGUUUAAGUCAGUGACCUACCUUUAAGUGCAAGUGGGAGGGUUGGGGUGACCAGUUUGAGUCUAUGUAAAAUGUCAUCUUUGAUCUUUUGAUAACUGGCAUGUUCUCAGUGCAGCUACCUUAUUGAUGUCUGCUGCUUCUCAUCUGUCACCUGAACUCUAAUCCUGUACCAUAUCACACCACUGUAUGUGUCAUUAUUUAAAGCACAUUAUUAAUGUAUCGUCAAUACAUUAUUGUUCAUUGUUAGGCAUGUUUCUUUUAUUAAUUACUGGCCUUAACAGUUACUUUUGUGUUUCACUCAAAUAAAACAGGUUCCAUUGCCCUCUGUCAACACAUUGUUUUAGAUUGAGGGAGUUCUAUGCUAUUGCUGGAUCGUUUUCCCCUAAUCUGAACUCUAUGCAAUACUUUUGACAGUCCAACUGGUCACCUGGAACUGGGGUGUGCCUCAGGAACGCGGUCAUUCAAGAACUCAGCCACCUCUCUGUCCCAACCAUACCCCUCCCAUGUCUGACCCCCACUCUUCCCCCGGACCCAGAUUCAUACCAUGUCCAUUUGUACCCUGUAGGUUUUAUACCAGUGUGUCAGGGGGAAACAAACAAGGGAUCUUCUUCCAUUCACCUGGGCACACAUGCUGUAUGUAGAUAUUCGAGUCAUUAUACAAGAUGCUUUGCCAAUGUAGAAGAUUGUACAGUCCACCUUGUGCUCCCUGUGUCCCCUGUCAUUGCUGUACAGUCACCUUCUCGUUACUUUCAUUCUAGAGAUGUUGCCUUGAAUUGGCUUUAAAAAGCAUAGGAUAAUAUGUUAUGAAUAUAUUAAUUUAAAGAAAAACUCACAAAUCUUUAAUGUGCUAAUAUUCACAUACAAUUGGUUGUGUUUAAGGGUUGGUGAAUUGUAAACUAGAAAACCUAUCUGCAGAUGUUUCUUCAUGUGUGUGUAUGCAAGACAUGCCGUUAGUUUUUUUCUGUGAGACCUUAACUAUGUUACUGUAGUGUCAUACAGUACAGGAAUAUGGUAUCGACCUAUUCUAGUUCCAUAGAAAGUGUUAAUGUUGACUGUGAAUUAUAUUGUUCAAUUCUCAAGGAAACAUACGCAGGAGAACAUAAUAGCGGUGUGAAUGAAUGAAUGGCCCAAAACGUUUGCAUCGAUGUUUCAAUUUUGCACCUCUUUUUCUGACCAAGGAGACAUUUCAUAAUGGAGAGGACUCUUGCAAAUACAUAACGUGAUUAUACAAGUGCAAUAAAGUUGUGACUUUUGUGAA